GCAGCCGCAGGAGAAGAUACACCAGCAGCCGCAGCAGCAGCAGCAGGAGUAGAUACAGAUACAGCAGCAGCAACCGCAAAGAUGCUCACGGACAUGACGCCGACGGCCGGUCAGUUGUAUGGCUCUCAGAUACCGGCCAUGGGCAUGAACAUCAGCAACAUUGCCACACACUUGCAGAAGCCACAAGUUAAUCCGGAUCAUCCCAGCCUGAGAGGCACGCCACUGGCCAUGCUGGCCGCACAGUGCAACAAGCUGUCCAACAAAUCGCCGCCACCGCUCGCCGAUGCGGCGGUCGGCAAGGGUUUCCAUCCCUGGAAGAAGAGUCCCAAUUCCCCCGCUGCAGGCAGCAGCGGCAGCUCGGGUGGCGGCGGCGGUGGAGGAGGAGGAGGAGGAGGAGGCGGCGGCAGCAGCGCCGGCCAACAUUCGCCCUGCGCCAUCUCAGCGGCCAGCUCGUCCAGCUCCAGCGGCAGCGCCAGCGGCGGUGGACAGUCCUCGAGGAGUCUCUCCUCGAGCGCCAGCACCAUGGUGAACAUCACAGCUAGCAUCUAUCCUUACAGUCGCCCAUUGGCCUCGUCGUGCGCGGCGGUGAGCGGCUCGGCCUCGGCCUCGGCGGCAGCAGCCGCGGCAGCAUCCGUGUCGGCCUACGGCGGUGAUUUGUACUUCCCGAACACGGGCACCUCGACGGCCGGAAUGGUGGCGGCGGAGAACCAUCACAUGCACCAGGGUCUGCUGGGCAAGGUGGAGGGGGCGGCGUUCGGGUCCGUGUACUCGCGACAUCCCUACGACUGGCCCUUCAACGCGGUGUCGCACAAGGCCGCGGAGGCGGCCAGCGUGAACAGCGUGAACGGGUGGUGGGACAUGCACAGCGCUGCGGGCAGCUGGCUGGAUAUGGGGAGCGCGGCCGCAGCCGGGAUGCAUUCGACCAUGGCCAACUACGCGAGUGCCGCUGCUGCCGGCUCCGACUACUCCUCGGCCCUCUCGCACUCGCUCUCGAACACCGCCCACCUGCUGGGCUCCGGGCAGCACCUGCUGCAGGACACGUACAAGAGCAUGCUGCCCGGACAGGGGGUCGGUGGCUUCUCGCUGCCGCACAGCUCCCCAUCGGCGGCGGCCACGGCGGCGGUGUCGCCACAGGCAUCGACGCCAUCGACACCGUCGCCCCGGUCGCAGCGGCGGUAUGCGGGUCGGGCCACCUGCGACUGCCCCAACUGCCAGGAGGCGGAGCGGCUGGGGCCGGCGGGCGUGCAUCUGCGAAAGAAGAACAUCCAUUCGUGCCACAUCCCGGGCUGCGGCAAGGUGUACGGCAAGACGUCGCAUCUCAAGGCGCACCUGCGGUGGCACACCGGCGAGCGUCCCUUCGUGUGCAAUUGGCUGUUCUGCGGCAAGCGCUUUACGCGCUCCGACGAGCUGCAGCGGCAUCUGAGGACGCACACCGGCGAGAAGCGCUUUGCUUGCCCCGUGUGCAACAAGCGCUUUAUGCGCAGCGACCAUCUGGCAAAGCACGUGAAGACGCACAACGGCACGGCGCCGAAUGGCAUUAAGAAGGGCUCCUCGGAGUCCUGCAGCGACUCCGAGGAGACCGCCAAUCAGUCGGGUGAGUCCAACGGGCUGGGCGGCGCGACCAGUGGCCAACAGACGGGCGCGGCCGGUGGCGGCGGGGGUGGCCCAACCAGCGCCGGCUCCGGCUCGGGCUCCGGCUCUGGCUCCGGUUCGGGCUCCGGCUCCGUAUCGGGGUCUGGCUCUGGCUCUGGCAGCCAUCCCGGCACCCCGACCUCGCUGCACGCGCAUAGCGCAUCUAGCACGCCCAGCAACCUGCUGGGCGGCGGUCUGCACCUGGCCUCGCCGCACCAGAUGGUCGCCGCGGGCGGGUCGCCGGUGAUGCUUCACCAGCACCAGCAGCAUCAACAACAACAACAGCAGCAGUCCCACCAGCAGCAGCCCCACCAACAGCAACAACAGCAGCAGCAGCAGCAGCAACACCACCAGCAGCAGCAGCAACAGCAGCAACAGCAGCAGCAGCACCUACAGCAGCAGCACCAACAGCAGCAACAAUUCGCCCAGCAGCAGCAGCAGCAGCAGCAACAACAGCAGCAGCAGCAGCAUCCGCACGCCCAUCUGCAUCACCAUCACCACCAUCAUUUGGCGGCGGGCAGUCCGGGGCUGGAGCACCGCCUGGACCGACUGGACCCCAGCGCAUUGGUGGACAUUAAGCCACCGAUGGUCUGAGGGUCGCUGGGACCCUUUCUGUUCACCAACUGAGCGGAAAUGGGUUCCUUGUCGGAACUGGAAUUGGAAUUUCUAUGCAACCCCAGCAGCUUACUAAACUAUAUCUACGAGUGAUCAAUCAGCCUGAUCAGCCUGAUCAGC